UCAUGUCGCUCGAUCACUACUCGUAUAGACGCUACUCGGAAGCAGCGUGAUAAGACGGUGUGGAUUCGCGUAGCUCAGACAGUUCGGGUGACUGUGGUCACAACAAAAAGCGCUGUUAACCGAGACAGCCGGUCUUUGCCUUCGUUACGAUCCGCUACGAUUUAUACAGUAACGAUGCUUGUGAGAGUGAUUUUGGUUUUGGUUCUGACAACAUGCAGAUUCACUCCCUCACUGAGUGCAGUUUCCGAGAAUCCUUGCACAGUGACGUUCAGCGAGCAGGCCAGUGGUAGUGGUGUACUGAAGCAAACCUUUAACGGAGUGCCGUACUGUGAGUUCCUGGGUGUACGCUAUGCCAAAGCUCCUGUUGCAGAACUGCGGUUCGAGAAUCCAGUGCUUAGUCAUCCGGAUGGAGAACAGGAGUUUAAUAAGUUAGGAAGUAUUUGUCCUCAAGUGGAUGAUUUUAACCACGCUACACAGAUACUAGGAGAUGAGGAUUGCUUAUUUCUUGAUAUAUAUUUUCCUGUACGUAACUCAUCGAACGAUGGACGAAAACUUCCGGUACUAUUCUUUGUACACGGGGGAAGUUUCGCUGUCGGCUCUUCGACAAGUGACUUAUUCGGCGUUGAUCUACUUGUGGAACACGAGAUCAUAGUAGUCAGUGCACAAUAUCGAUUGGAUCCGUUGGGCUUCCUGCGUUCCAGUCACUUCAAUGUCAGUGGUAAUUUUGGUCUGAAAGAUCAACGAGCCGCACUACGAUGGAUUCAGCUGUAUAUCGUUAAGUUUGGUGGUGAUCCUUUCCGAGUCACUCUGAUGGGUCAUAGUGCUGGAGCUGCCUCUGUAACCUACCAUCUGUAUUCAAACAGUUCGAAAGGUUUGUUCCAUCAGGCAUUCGCUCUGGGAGGUUCCAUGCUUGCUCCGUGGGCAUUUUUGUAUGACGCCGAAAACUACUCUCGUCAGUAUUUCCGCGAUCUGAACAUCACCACAAUCGACGAAUUGAAGCAUGUAGACUUCAAAACUUUCUGGAAUAAGGACAUCGUUUACAAGUUUGCAACGGUUCACUACGCAUUUUGUGUGCCAAGCGCGGAAGCCGACGUACCGGACUCAUUUUUCACCAAAUCACCACCAGACCUGGUCCGAGAAAAACCUGUAAAUGCAGUUCCACUACUCUUCGGGCAAUCCUCGGAAGAGUUUGAGCUGUUUUUGAGUUACGUCCACGAUUACUGGAUGGGUGAAAACUAUCCUAACAUUAAAAAUGACACUUUGAAAAACUACAUCGAAAAUGUUGUCGACAGGGCAGCCGAACUGGCCGAAAUUAGUAGCGUCGAGCUAAACAAAGACGUAUUCUAUCAAGAACUGUCGAACACGGCGAAUUGGUUCUUUCCAAACAAACUGCUACUGGACGAAUACUCCAGAUGGGUUCACGAUGCAACCUUUUUCUUCCGAUUUCAGUUCGAUGGCAAGUUCGGAAGAUUCAAGCGAGAAUUUCAGGAAACACUGGUCGGAAUAAAACACUACGGAGCGAUUCAUGGGGACGAGCUGGGAUACAUUUUUACCCCACAUAAUGUGCAAGACGCUCUGAUCAACCGGAGUUUGUAUGCGGAUGAGUGGAGGGUGCAUGAAAGGACGGUACAGCUUGUAGCAAAUUUUGUCAAAUUCGGAACACCAAAUCCCAUCGGGCUGGGUUUAGUUUGGCCGCCAUACAAAGGAUACUCAACAAGAUCCCGUUAUUUGAAUAUCGACAAAAACUUUGAAAUUCGAACGGAACAAAACAGCUUGUAUCACACUUUCUGGAGCAUCAUCUAUCAAUGCCUCUAUCACUACAGUUGCAACGAAAUAGACAAUUUACCACGGCUUGUACAGAAAUUUAGUCAAGGUCCUUAUAAAAAUUCAAGCUAA